AUGCUGUUGUUUGGCAGACGGUUCAGUACUAGCAGUAAACUUGGUACAGCGGCAGCAGCGAAGAUAAAGAAUACGGCCUCAUUGUCGAGACCUAACUAUGACUUCAAGGCAAUCAGAGCUGCUCCCGAAGUUUACCAGGACAGUGUGGACCGCCGGCGGGCUAAGUUAGCAGGUGGAGCCACUAUAGCUGAUUUUGUUGAUCUGUAUAGUACUUUAUUAACAGCCAAAAGUGAGAGAGAUGAAUUGCUUUUCAAGAGGAAAACAAUUCAGAACCAAUUGAAAAAUGGGAAACGGGGCCAAGAGAAGGAGAAUGGUCAUACUAGCUCACUAGACAGUUCUGAGGAUCCUCGAACAAUUCUCAGCCAUAUCAAGAACUUGUUGAAAGAGCGAGAAAAGCAUAUCAUCAGUUUGGAAGAUACGAUUUAUCCAUUAGUGGAAUCAAUUCCUAAUUUAAUUAGCCCGGACUCGAUAAUUGACAACCAACAACUGGUAGGAAUGAUUCAUGCUGACAAGCAAAUACCUGCUGAUCCUACUCGUUCACAUAAAGAUAUUGGAGUAAACCUCGGCAUUCUUGAUUUUGACUCGGCAUCUAGGGUAUCUGGUACUUCAUCAUAUUAUUUAGUUAAUGAUGGGGCAUUGUUGGAACAGGCUCUAAUUCAAUAUGCAUUGAGCAAAUGUCGCCAACAUGGGUGGUCAAUGUUAACACCACCUUCUUUAGUGCGACAAGAGUUCACAACAGCAUGUGGGUUCAAACCACGAGAUCAAAAUAAUGAACAACAAGUAUACAUUAUUGCGGAUGAUGCUCUCAAUGGAGAAUCAAAGGUGGGUAGUCACUGUCUGACGGGAACUGCUGAAAUCCCACUAGCUGGCUACAAUGCGCACAAGACUAUACCAUUAACAGAGAAUGACCGACCAGUUAUACGUAAGGCCGGUGUCAGUCGAAGCUAUCGUGCUGAGGCAGGUGCUCGAGGUGCUGAUACCAAAGGAUUAUAUCGAGUACAUGAAUUCAGCAAGGUAGAAAUGUUUGCCUGGACAACUUCUUCUGAUGUUAGUACGUCGAUCAAAGUUCACGAAGAAAUGCUAUCACUACAAAAAGAGAUUCUCACUGAACUUGGACUGUGUUGCCGAGUGCUAAAUAUGCCUCCUGAUGACUUGGGUGCCCCAGCAUACAAGAAAUACGAUAUUGAGGCAUGGAUGCCGGGUCGUGGCAGCUGGGGCGAAGUAACAUCAACUUCAAAUUGUCUUGACUAUCAAUCACGCCGCCUACAUACUAAAUAUCACACAGCAGAUGGAUCCCUUCGCUACGCCAUGACUCUUAAUGGUACGGCGAUGGCUGUCCCUCGGGUAAUUAUUGCCAUUAUCGAAAAUAAUUACGACCCUCAAAUGAAUCGCAUUGAAAUACCCUCUGUACUACGAAAGUACAUGGAUGAAAACCUGUAUAUAGAGUACCAAGGUCCUAAUUGA